ACUCUCCUGAAGGGCAGAUGAAAAACGGAGCUUACCACCCUGUGAUGCUGUUUUAAUCUACCCUGCUUGGUUUUAGAGGACUGCUCCCGUGGGUCCCUUGAGGUGGUCUCCACCUUCCCCAGGGAGAACGGCAGAGUCCAGCCAGCGCUCAGGAGGCUGCUCCGAGCUGGAGGCCCAUGUGGGAGCCGCGAGUGGCACCGAGAUGCCGCGCCAGUUCCCCAAGCUGAACAUCUCUGAAGUGGAUGAGCAAGUCCGGCUCCUGGCCGAGAAGGUGUUUGCUAAAGUGCUGCGAGAAGAGGACAGCAAAGAUGCCCUGUCCCUGUUCACUGUUCCGGAGGACUGCCCCAUUGGGCAGAAGGAAGCCAAGGAGAGGGAGCUGCAGAAGGAGCUGGCAGAGCAGAAGUCUGUGGAGACCGCAAAAAGAAAGAAAAGUUUCAAGAUGAUUCGGUCCCAGUCCCUGUCUCUGCAAAUGCCGACACAGCAAGAUUGGAAGGGCCCCCCGACAGCCAGUCCGGCCUUGUCUCCCACAACCCCUGUGCUUGUGGGAGCCACGUCCCAGCCCACGCCAGCACCCUAUGCCAUGCCCGAGUUCCAGCGGGUCACCAUCAGCGGAGAUUACUGUGCUGGGAUCACCUUGGAGGACUACGAGCAGGCCGCCAAGAGCCUGGCCAAGGCCCUAAUGAUCCGGGAGAAGUAUGCACGGCUCGCCUACCACCGCUUCCCCAGGACCACGGCCCAGUACCUGGGACACUGGCGGGCCGACACGGCACCUCUGGAAGAGGGCCUCCCAGACUUCCACCCGCCCCCGCUGCCCCAGGAAGACCCUUACUGCCUGGAUGAUGCGCCCCCCAACCUGGGCUACCUGGUCCGCAUGCAAGGGGGCAUCCUCUUUGUGUAUGAUAACAAGAAGAUGCUGGAGUGCCAGGAGCCCCACAGCCUGCCCUACCCUGACCUGGAGACCUACACGGUAGACAUGAGCCACAUCCUGGCUCUCAUCACUGAUGGCCCCACGAAGACCUAUUGUCACCGGCGACUGAACUUUCUGGAAUCCAAGUUCAGCCUUCAUGAGAUGUUAAAUGAAAUGUCCGAGUUCAAAGAGUUGAAGAGUAACCCCCACCGGGACUUCUACAACGUGAGAAAGGUGGACACGCACAUCCACGCGGCUGCCUGCAUGAACCAGAAGCAUUUGCUGCGCUUUAUCAAGCACACGUACCAGACAGAGCCCGACAGGAUUGUGGCCGAGAAGCAGGGCCGGAAGAUCUCCCUGCAGCAGGUGUUUGACAGCCUGCACAUGGACCCCUACGACCUCACUGUGGACUCGCUGGACGUCCAUGCGGGCCGGCAGACGUUCCACCGCUUUGACAAGUUCAACUCCAAAUACAACCCUGUGGGGGCCAGUGAGCUGCGUGACCUGUAUUUGAAAACUGAAAACUACCUGGGAGGAGAGUACUUGGCUAGGAUGGUCAAGGAGGUGGCGCGGGAGCUGGAGGACAGCAAGUACCAGUAUUCAGAGCCACGGCUGUCCAUCUACGGCCGCAGUCCUGAGGAGUGGACCAGCCUGGCCCGCUGGUUCAUCCAGCACAAGGUCUACUCGCCCAACAUGCGCUGGAUCAUUCAGGUGCCUCGGAUCUAUGACAUAUUUAGGUCCAGGAAGCUGCUGCCAAGCUUUGGGAAGAUGCUGGAGAACAUCUUCUUGCCCCUUUUCCAGGCCACGAUCAACCCCCAAGAUCACCGGGAGCUUCACCUCUUCCUUAAAUAUGUGACGGGGUUCGACAGCGUGGAUGAUGAGUCCAAGCACAGUGACCACAUGUUCUCGGACAAGAGCCCCAGCCCAGACAUCUGGACCAGUGAGCAGAACCCGCCCUACAGCUACUACCUGUACUACAUGUAUGCCAACAUCAUGGUGCUCAACAACCUCCGCAGGGAACGCAGCCUGAGCACAUUCCUGUUCCGGCCACACUGUGGAGAGGCUGGCUCCAUCACCCACCUGGUGUCUGCCUUCCUAACUGCCGACAACAUCUCCCAUGGGCUUCUCCUCAAGAAGAGUCCAGUAUUGCAGUAUCUCUACUACCUUGCUCAGAUCCCCAUUGCCAUGUCUCCUCUUAGCAACAACAGUCUGUUCCUUGAAUAUUCCAAGAACCCUCUGAGGGAAUUCCUGCACAAGGGACUGCAUGUUUCUCUCUCCACUGAUGACCCCAUGCAGUUCCAUUACACGAAGGAAGCACUUAUGGAAGAAUAUGCCAUCGCAGCUCAAGUGUGGAAGCUGAGCACGUGCGACUUGUGUGAGAUCGCCAGGAAUAGCGUGCUGCAGAGCGGCCUCUCGCAUCAGGAAAAGCAGAAGUUUCUGGGAAAAAAUUAUUAUAAAGAAGGACCUGAAGGAAAUGAUAUUCGAAAGACAAAUGUUGCUCAGAUCCGGAUGGCAUUCCGAUAUGAGACCUUAUGCAAUGAGCUUAGCUUUCUGUCUGAUGCCAUGAAAUCAGAAGAGAUGACAGCCUUGACCAAAUAGGUCCAGCACUUGACAUGCAUUUUAACUUUUUGGUUUAAUUUCAAGUCUGCUGUGGCUAUUAGUGGUCAAGAUACCAAACCAGGCCUUUCCUCCAGGAAGAGGAUGCCUCUGAAGAAAUUUCAAACUGGUAAUUUUGGUCACACUGUUCACUAUAAGAUUUCACAUGCCCACAGUUCUAUUAUUUCUGAGUAAUAGAUGGUGACUUCUCCUUAGAGAUCUGGGAGCUGGGCACUUGUCUAUACUUGUUCACAAUUUUCCAAAUAUUUCUCUUGAAACCGCCAGUGCUCGAAUUAUUUGGGCCAGGAUUUUCCAUGGUCAAAUGCCAACUGACAUGAGAGGUCUGUGUAGUUUUCUACCAUACUCCUCUCUACAGGCCCUGUAGGCUAACAUUGGUAGUUGUUCAUUUCAGCCACUGGCUGGCUGCCUUAAACAAAAUCAAUUUCAAAGCUCCAUUUCAUAAAGGGGCCACUUUGACAGAGUUAAAAUAGAAGGCUUCCAUCUUGACAAUUUGCAUUUUUAAUGAAUUUCUUAAACUAUUUUAUUUAGCCCUCCCUCUGCUUUCUAGUUAGGCAGCCAAAUGUGCUCAGAACAGUGUCUCCUAAUCUGAGUCUUGGUUGCCUCAUCUAGAAAGCGAGGGGUCCUUCUAGAUGAGUGGUUUUCAAAUGGUGUUCUGUUAUGGCCACUUCAGGGUGGGGCAGAGUGAGACUCUGAGGCUGUCAAAGUGACUCUGCUUUCAUCAGUUUUACAUUGGGGUGGCUACAUAAUAUUUUCAUUUGGACUAAGGACAUUGAAAAGCACAGGACUAGAUGAUCGUUGUUCCUUCUGGCUCUAGUAUUCUACGAUUGUAGCCCAAUUAUCAUGUUACUGAUGAAGAGAUAGGGCCAGAGAAGUGAAAUUUGCUUCAGGUCACACAGCUAAUGAGUAAUAGGACUGCAACUAGGUUUCCUUAUUCCUAAUCCAGUCCUUUCCACCAGGACUAUUCCAUUAGGUCACACAAAUAUUAGUUUUGUUUUGUUUUUGUAUCACUGUAACCUGGCACAUUUUUUUUUAAAAGGUAAAAUUUCUCCCUUCCCUAAUAUGAAGACUUCUUUCAAAGAUAUAGUGGUCCCAGGGGCCAGGAAGAAAGCAUUUUUUAAAAACUAAUCUGAAUUUAAGCUUUACCAGUAUACUUUUCAUCUGUCUUACUAGUGCCUAGUUAUGUAGUAGGUGCUCAAUAAAUACAUUAUUGAAUAACU